AUGAAAAUAAAGGCAGAAAAUAUCAAACGUGGAGAUGAAAAACAGCAAACAAUUCAAGAAGAUAUCAAACACAUUACAAAAGGACUUCAAAGUAAUCAUUUAGACAGAUUAAAGAUGGAUCUACAAAAUGAACUGGAUAGUGUUUGGGACAACGAGAAGUCAAAAACUAAAGCAUUUAUAAACGAAAUAGAAGAAAAGAAAACAGAUUUGAAUGAAAUAUUGCACAGUCUUCUGGCACUACGUAACCAUUCCUCCAAAACUCAACAGUUUCUUGGAGUCCAUCAAAUUGAAAAACAAUUGAGUCCAUACAAAAGAUACAUUGAUGAGUUGUGGCAAGAUGAUAGAUUGAAAGACAUCUGCAUCGAUGUGGAAGAAAACGAAAACGUGUUAAAAGUAGUAUCUGCUUGCGAAUCUCUGAAAUCAUUAGGACACGUAUUUGUUGUUAAGAAGGAAACGUCACGUGAUAAUGAUAACAUAUUUAGAGAAGUACAAGUAGAAUGUAGAGAUAACCAAUUCUUUCGAAAUAUUUCUUUGGAACUGGAAACAAAAACAGAUAUUUUGCACAUCAACGAUACGUUACAAGUUGUAACAGCCAUGCUUUGUCUGACUGAUAAUCGAGUUAUACUCAUUGCAGGUAAAGAAAGAAUACUUCUAUUUAAAACUGAUUGCAAUUUCGAGAAAAAUAUAAAAGUAUUAGGCGAACCGUUUGGCGUUGCAGAACUAGAAAAGGAUACAAUUGCUGUGUCCUUUCCAAACGAAAUGGUCGUUAAAAUCAUUAAUUUAAAUAAUGAUUCAGUCGAAAAAGUUAUAGAACUAUAUAAGAAAUGUUUAGGUUUGUCAUCCUUGAAAAAUACUAUCGCUGUAGGUUUACAUUUACAACGCAAUGAUGAAAUUCGGGUGAUUGACUUAGAAGGAAAUACACUGAGGUCAGUAAAUGUUGCAUCCGAAACAUUACUUUUUGAAUUCUUGUUAACGAAUAACGGAAUAAUUUGUAGUGAUAAUCAUGGUCUUUCCGUUUCAUUCGUUGAAUGGAAAGGAAAACAAGUCUGGGAGUUCAAAAGUGACGAUUUGAAAGACCCACAGGGAAUAUGCACAGAUAACUAUGGUAAUAUAUUUUUAGCCGAUGAUAUUUCCGACAAAGUUGUAGUCAUAUCACGUGACGGAAAGAGGAGUAAUGUUUUACUUAGUGAAAAAGAUGGAAUUGAGGAAGUAAGAUCCAUCUGUUUCAGCAAAAUAGAAUCAGCUGUUUUCAUUUCAGAUGUAACUGGAACAUACUUGGCAAGAUACAAAGUGUUAUAUGGAUAA